UCCUGCCAUAUAUCAAGAAACACUAUAAAGUCUGCUAUGUAUUGCCCAAGCAGUGAAGAGGAGUGGAAAAAAGCUUCUGAAAGAAAGAAGUGCUCAGCCUUUGAUAGUAAAUGUAGUAAUCCUAAGAAACUUGCAUAUCAUUGUGUGACAAACCCAUUUCUCAAUGAAACAGUUGAAGUUUGUGCUUAUGACAGGAUCAUUUUCUUAGGUAUUAAUAGUGAUACAUCUUUUUCAGGCUAUUGUACAGAAUACAGUCUCACUGCUAACAGAAUUCAACAGAAUUUUCAAGCAAAGUGUGACAACUUCACAAUACAACCGUGUCCACCUGCUUAUCAUUCAUCAGAGGCUUUUAAAUACCUUGGGUGUUACGAACUGAUAAGAAAAUCAAGGAAAACUUUAGCAUCUUCUUUUUCUCCAUCUUCUGAAUCAACUACAUGGACCGAUGUCAUGCAACACUCUAGAUCAACCGUAGAACACCAAACGGAUAACAGUGGUGCUAGUGAAAGCAGAGAAUUAUUGGAAUUCCUCUCAUUUGCUUCGAGUUUCUUCCUAGUGGUCAUAACAUUCACACUUCUAGCAUAG